AUGCGCAGUUUGCUUCAAAAUGGCCGCCAGCUCAGAGGUCCCUCCAAACUCCUAAUAUUUUAGCUCCAAUUUAGUGUUUAAUUAUUCCAGGCUAUCAUGCAAAGAAAGAUUUCCCUUGCUUUCGAAUCAGCAGACGAGAACAAGAAAGGAUAUCUCUCCAAAAGAGAUUACAAAGUUGCAAUUAUCGAACUGUUUGGAUACAAACCCUCAAAAUACGAAAUAAACAGUUCCUGGAAAGAGAAAGCAGGGGACGAAGAGACUGGGCUCGACCUCAAAGCAUUUACUGAUUUGGUUCUUCCCAGAUUGCAGGCGCAGGACUCAUCUGAGAUUAUACGUCAGACAUUUAUGGCUUUUGAUCGCUUCUCACGAGGAUUUAUAUCACUAGAAGAUUGUAAAGAUGCUUUUGCAAAGGUGGCUCCACUGAUACCUUGUAGCAGAGUAGAGUCCUUCUUUAAAGAGAUUGAUGGUGAUUUAGAUGGACGUGUCACUUAUAGAGACUUUGAGUUAAUGUUUAAAAACUUAACAAUCUUAUCAUCAUUUUCACAGUAAAUAUAAAACUUAUAUUAUUUGCUGAUAUUAUAUACAAUAAAGCUUUUUUGUGAUACCUUUAAAAUUUUAAUAAUCACAAACAUUUUAAUCACAAAAAAA